CAUUAGGAUGAUUGCAUUGGUGUGAAGCUGCUGCUUUAAGAGAGUUUCCUGCUCAUCUGCUGUCUGUGUGCAUCCUACAGCUCCAGGAGGCAGGCAUUAAUUGGGCUGUUCCUUUCCAUUCUGGCAAUGGGUGGUCGUCUUGGCAAGAACAAGAGGCUCUGUGUGUUCCCUAAGAAAGUCACUUUUUGUAAGACCAAGAGGAAAAGGGCAUCUGGGGCUGCAGGUACGUCCUGUGAUGCUUCAACGUGGACUGGGGAGAACCAUUUUUAUUCAGCACGCAUAGGGAGGACCCCCAGAGCCCCCAAACCUUUUCCUGCAGAGUCAGAUUCCUUAAACACCCCUGAAGCUGAAUCUGCUGCCCAAGCUAAAAAGGACACAGGAGCUGCAUCUCUGCACAUACAACAUACUGAGGCCCCACUUUGUGCCUCUUCUAGUGAUGCAGGCAAUAGUGAGGGGCCACAAGACCCUGAAACCAAACCCAGCACAGAGGGGAUGAAGAGCCAGGAACUUGCUGAACAGCCAAAACAAGAAGCCCAAUCUGCCAGAGGCAAUCUACAAGAGAUGGGUAAAGCUCAAGCUGAUGAGCAUCCUGCUGGUGGAUGGAUACCCCACGAGCAACUCGGCUGCAGGGAUGAUGAAGUGAGGCCUCUUACAGAGACAACUGUGAAGGCUGAAGUCCACGUGUGUGCUGAAGCCCAAGGUGAGGUUCAGCCUGCUGGAAUGGAGUCCAGGCUGUCAAUUACUGCAGAAGAAGAUGCAACAGCUCUGUGUGAUUCAGAGGAAACCUGUGAGGGAAAGGAUCAUCAGGAAGUGCCUGUGGAGAAGGCAGCUGAGUCCCCAGCUGCUUUGUGUACAAUGCAGGAGACAGAGCUGCUUCUGAAGACCAUGGAGACAAGAGAAGACAUCACAAGUGUGCAGAAAUCUGCAGAAGAGAAAGCACACUUUGCUGCUAAAGCCUCACCUGAUCCCCAGUUGGAACAUGAUAAAGAGGUUCCUCUUUAUGAGUAUAUGAAAGAAAAUGCUUUUGAAUUGGAGCAAGCUGAAGAACAGAUUGAGGUUGGUGAUGAUGGACAAAUGUCAAAUGAGAUACCAUGCUGCCCGCUAGGAACCCAGGCUGCUCUGCAGGAUAAGGAAGAGAUCAAAGCUAGCAAUGGGGGAAAACAGCCUGCUGAUGAGGAGUGCUGAAAGAGCACAUGGAGCCUGGUGCAGCAACCACUGAGCAGGCUGAGGGUUUGUCUGCAGGAAAGCGAAGAGUCUGCUGCCUUGAUCCUGCAAGGAGCCAGGAUGAACAAAUAACCAGUGGGAGUCUGUAUCCUAAAGGGCACAGUGGGCAGGUUGUUUAUGGAGCCUGCUUUAGAAAGUGGGACUGAACAGCAAGUUGGUGCACAGCUUUCCAUAGGUGGCACCAACCCCCUUCUUUCCCUAGCAGGGGGGUGGUGAAGGGACACACUUAUUUUUUCAGUACAAGAAGUAUAUUUUAUGUAAUUACUUUUUUUUCCACAUGCAUGUAUACCUGAGCUAGGGUUAUGGAGUUUGUAAUUCUAUCCCUCUGUGUAACUACAAAGGCAUAUUAAUUCUACUUGUCUGUGCACCUCACCCUGAUCAUCACUGUUUGAAGCAUGUUGAACUGCUGUGUGGUCUGCAAUGCAACUGCAAGCAAUAAAUGGGCAUGUUUUAAUGCUUGUUGAGAGUUUCUUCAUGUCCAGCUGCUCCAUGGUUUGUGUUAGUUGAGUGCAGGUGAGAGUCAGGAAAAGAGCUCAGUGAAAGUGGUUGCUUCCAAAAUGCAGUAAGAGAGAAUUCUGAUGGUGGCUUUGCUGCAAUAAAUGUCAGGUUCCACAUGCAUGAUGCUGAUCUCUAAUAAUGUAGUUCUUAAAUGUAGGGAGUCUUCUUGUAAAACGUGAUUAGUUGGGCAGCUGUUACUGAACUUCAAAAGCAAUGCAGUGCUGAAAAGAACUGGAAAAAGAACACAGCCUAGAUCAUUUCCUUUAAUUUCAACCAAAAAAUAACAGGACUGUGCCAAAUCAUUCUGCUACAGCUUAUGGGGAAUUGUAAGUGUACUUAGACAGAAAGCUGGAGAGGCAGAAUGUAUAGGAGAGUGAGAUUAAUCUUCCCUAAGGAAACCAUUUCCAGCUAUUGUGUUCUUGUGUGCUUCCCAUAAUAGCUGUAUUCAUAAAGGGGGAGAAAAAUAGUUAAAGGCAAGUCAGGAUAUGAGGGUUUUGAAAGGCAUGCAUCUAUUUAAAGGAUGACUGGUUUUACUGUCUUCAUGUGCAUAAUCACAUCAAGAAUAUAGUGUAUCUUUAUGCAUUUCUUUUAAAUCAAGGGACCAGGCUGGUAAGUCAUAAGCCUACUGAUUUAAGCCAACCUUCCUUAAAAUAUUUUCCCUUAUGACCAAAGCAGAAUGGAGACAAUGUUCAUGGAAAUGUCAGUUUACUCUCACUUAACACACAGCAUGUUCCCCCCCUUGGCUGCUGUGUGAAAUCCUGAAGGCCCCUAUGUCAGUUCAUUACAAGCUGCCCUGGGUUGGUUACAUCUAACAAAAUGCUGCUUAGGUUGGUCUGAAAGAAUGGAUGUGCCCCCUGUACUUAGAAUUAAACAACACAUGUGUGGGUCUGGAGGCUUCUCCUUGCUGAUGCUGAAAAAGAAACAAAGCAAAGAGCCACAGAAGCUUCUCUGCGUUGUUCUGCCUGUGUCUUACGCACUUAGAUCAUAACUAUAAUUAACUGCCAAGUAUUGUCAGAGGUUGGUAUUAAUCAUCUUCUGUUUUGCGGUUGCUGAGAGAACUCGCAGCAAUGUGUUUGACAGUGCAGUGCAAAGAAAUGUUGAAAGCAAUGAAAUGUUCAGGAUGAGAAUCACAGCUUUAAGAGAGAAAGGUUGUUGUUUUUUUUUUUUUUCUUGUGGUGGGCAAAUGCAAAGCACCAGGAAGAAAGAAGUUAAGAGGGACAGAUUAAAAUGUGAAGUAGAUGGCAUGCUUGCAUGUACUGCUGGCAAAGGAUAAUGGAAGUGAUGGUGAUGUAGGAUUCCUUGGGUGACUUUCAUCACUGGCUUUGGGCAAGCAUUUCAGAGAACAUGAAGACAAGACCUCUGGUAUGGGAAGAAUACGUUUGCCUUCUUGCAUUAAACA